AAUAAAGGAGCGUCGAUGGCGACUAGGAACCAUUCUCCUGGUGGUCCUAUGUUUACUGUCGACUACAUAAACAAGCGGGACAACGACGUUGGUUACGUUUACUAUCCAGAAGCAGAGAAACCAACAACAAUGACUUCCCUGGGGAGCAGCACUUCCUCGGGCACAGAAUACACUGUGAGAGUCCCAAAAAACACCAGCAAGAAGUACAACAUCAUGGCCUUCAAUUCAGGAGACAAAGUCAACUGUUCCGCCUGGACACAGGCUCGAAUGGAAAGAGACAUGAGCGCUCGGCGGAUAUACGGGGAAGAAGAGUCGCAGGACGGCGCGGCCGGCAGUGAGUUUGGUAAAAAACAGCGAGAGGAAGCACGGAGGAAGAAGUAUGGUAUCGUGACGCGUGAGUUCAAAGUGGAGGACCAGCCCUGGAUCUUAAAGGUCAACGGGAAGGCAGGCAAGAGGUUCAAAGGUCAAAAGAAGGGUGGUGUUACAGAAAAUGCAUCCUACUACAUCUUCACUCAGUGUCCCGAUGGAGCAUUUGAGGCAUUUCCUGUCCACGGCUGGUACAACUUCACACCUCUGGCCAAGCACCGAACUCUCACUGCUGAGGAGGCCGAGGAGGAGUGGGGCAGGCGGAACAAAGUAGUGAAUCACUUCAGCAUCAUGCUUCAGAGACGAUUCAGGGAGCAGGAGCGAGGGCCGGACGAUGAAGACGAGGGAGAGAAGUCUGGGAAGAAGAAGAAGAAGGGCGGUGGGAGAGGGGGCGACCUGCGCAUUCACGACCUGGAAGAAGACCUGGAGAUGAGCAGCGACGACAGCGACAGCAGUAUGGGAGACGAUGGAGAGAGCAAGGCGAAGGCGAAGAAAGACAAGGGGAAGGGAAAAGGAAAGAAGAAGAAGAAAAAGGGCGGCGAGCACGAGGCGUUAGAGGACAGCGAUGACGGCGACUACGAGGGUCUGGAGGUGGAUUACAUGUCGGACGAAAGCAGUUCAGACGAGGAGCCAGAGAAGGGACAGCCCAGCAAAGCAGAGGAGCAUCCAAAAGGCAUCGACGAGGCGUCUGAAAGCGAGGAAGAGAGCGAGGAGGAGAAGCCGAACGAAGAGGAGACAAAAGAGGAGGAGGAAGAAGAGGAAGGGAAGAAAACUCCGGUGCAGGCGGAAAAGAAGAAGAAAAAAGACAGCAGCGGAGAGUCGGAGAGCUCAGACGACAGCGACAUCGAGGGAGAGACGGCCUCUGCUUUGUUUAUGAAGAAGCGCACGCCUCCUAAGCGUGGAGGUGGGCGUGGCUCUGCAGGAAGCUCCAGGACAGGAAGUCGCCCCGGCACGCCAUCCAUCGACUCUGCCGCCACCUCCAACACACUCCGCGCUGCUGCAAGCAAGCUGGAGCAAGGUAAGAGACCGACUCCGGGUCCUGGCACGGACUCACCAGCUGCCAAAAGGCUGAAGAUGGAGCCCAGCAGCCAGAGCCCCGCUCCUUCAGGGAAGAGUACACCUCAACCCCCGUCAGGGAAAUCUACUCCUAGCUCAAGUGAUGUGCAGCUGACAGAGGAAGCGGUCCGGCGCUACCUGAUCCGUAAACCGAUGACCACCAAAGACCUGCUGAAGAAGUUCCAGACGAAGCGCACAGGUUUGAGCAGUGAGCAGACCGUCAACGUGCUGGCACAGAUCCUGAAGCGCCUCAAUCCAGAGCGCAAGAACGUGAACGACAAAAUGCACUUUUACCUCACAGAGUAACAGAACAACAAGAGGCGGGGAUGGAGCGACAAGGUGACACAUUUGUGGGUGUUUUUGGCAAACUCUGACCCCCUGGGGAAGAGGUUUAGGUUACGUUAUUUUUGUGAGAUGCCACAGGACUGAGGUUAAAACUGUCUGCACAGUAAAAAAAGGAUUGUGUUUAGUAUCGGGAGCUUGUUUAUUAGAGUCUGAGAUCUGCUCAGAGUCUGUGUGGUUUCUCUCCAUGUGUGAACACUUCAACUUAGAGCUGGAUAAAUAAAAAACAAUUGUUUUUCUUUGGUAGUAACUUUUCUAAUAAAGACUGAAAUCCAUAGCAGUGUUAAA